GGAUCUUAACCAGGUGUUCUUCUUCUUUUCAGGGAUUUAAAAAAUAAUGAGAUCUCCUGGACCGUUGAAGAUAUGAAUGGACCGUUUUCUGCACUCGACAAACUGAGGAAGCUCUUCCUUCAGGGGAACCGGAUACGUUCGGUCACCAAGAAGUCUUUUUCCGGUCUGGAAACCCUGGAGCACCUAGAUCUGAGAAACAAUGCAAUCAUGUCAAUCCAAGGGAAUGCCUUUUCUCAAAUUAAACAGCUCCAGGAACUGCGCUUGAACACGUCCAGCCUGCUGUGCGACUGCCAGCUGCGGUGGCUGCCCGCCUGGGUGGCGGAGCGCGGCUUUGCCCCCUUCAUCAACGCCAGCUGCGCCCAUCCCCUGGCGCUGAAGGGGCGGAGCGUGUUCGGCGUGCGCCAGGAGGACUUCGUGUGCGACGACUUCCCGAAGCCGCAGAUCACGGUGCAGCCGGAGACGCAGUCGGCGCUCCGCGGGUCCAACGUGACCUUCGUGUGCUCGGCGGCCAGCUCCAGCGACUCGCCCAUGACCUUCGCCUGGAAGAAGGACAACGAGGCCCUGGCCCUGGGCGAGGGCGCGGGCGAGGUGCGCAACCAGGCGCACCUGCGCGCCCUGGCGGGCGACGUCACCGAGUACACCACCACCCUGCGGCUCCGCCGCGUCGACUUCGCCAGCGAGGGCCGCUACCAGUGCGUCAUCUCCAACCACUUCGGCUCCUCCUACUCCGGCAAGGCCAAGCUCACCGUCAACAUGCUUCCCUCCUUCAACAAGAUGCCGACGGACCUGAGCGUGCGGGCGGGGGCGACGGCCCGGCUGGAGUGCGCGGCAGGGGGGCACCCCUCCCCGCAGAUCGCCUGGCAGAAGGACGGGGGCACGGACUUCCCCGCCGCCCGCGAGCGCCGAAUGCACGUGAUGCCCGAGGACGACGUCUUCUUCAUCGUGGACGUGAAGGCCGAGGACAUGGGCCUGUACUGCUGCACGGCCCAGAACAGCGCCGGGGCCAUUUCCGCCAACGCCACGCUCACCGUCCUGGAAACCCCCUCUUUCCUGCGGCCACUGACGGACCGGACGGUCGCCAAGGGGGAGACGGCCGUCCUGCAGUGCAUCGCCGGCGGCAGCCCGGCGCCGAGACUCAACUGGACCAAGGACGACAGCCCCCUGGCCACCACCGAGCGCCACUUCUUCGCCGCCGGCAACCAGCUCCUGAUCAUCGUGGACGCGGCCGAGGCGGACGCGGGGCGGUACACCUGCGAGAUGUCCAACCCCCUGGGCGCGGCGCGCGGCGACAUCAGCCUGGUGGUGCUGCCGGGCCCCAACUGCGACCCCGCCCUGGGCGGGGUGGCGGGUGCGGGUGUGGCGGCGGGGUCCGGGGCGGGGCCGGCCGACGGGGACGGCUGGACCACGGUCGGCAUCGUGGUGAUCGCCGUGGUGUGCUGCGUGGUGGGCACCUCGCUGGUUUGGGUGGUGAUCAUCUACCACACGCGACGCCGCACCGAGGACUGCAGCGUCACCAACACAGACGAGACCAACCUUCCCCCGGAUAUCCCCAGCUACCUGUCCUCGCAGGGGACCCUGUCGGACCGCCAGGACGCGUACGUGCCGUCGGAGAGCGGCAGCGGCAGCCACCAGUUCGUGUCGUCGUCCGGCGGCAGCGGCGGCGGCUUCUACCUGCAGCCGAAGGACCUGAGCGGUCUGUAUCAGCUGGACACCGGGAGCGAGGCUGACAUGGAGGCCGCCAUCGACCCGCUCCUCUGCCAUUACCCAGGACCCAUCGGGUCCCUCCUCCGGAGGGGAAACCUCUACUCUCUGGAAUCUCCCGAAGGCUUUACAGGCUGUGCGACUGACCCCAGGGCCGCGUUCGUCAGCUCCUACAGCGGCGGGCUCGGCGGCUCCAGGAGGAGGGAGCACUGCGGGACCGCCUCGCCGGACCCCGGCCCCCCCGGCCCCCCCGGCGCGCUGCACCCGGCCUGCUCCCCCGACCCGCUCCCCUGCAGCACGUUCAUGGGGACGUUCGGGAAGGUGCCCUGGAGGCCCCCGCCGGAGCUGUGCGCCGCCCUGUCGCGCGACCCCGCCCUGCUUCACGAGAACCCCUACGUGGCGGCCGACGCGGACGCGGACCCGGACCCGAACGGCGGCGGCGGCGCAGACCGGCAGGACGCCGGGCCGCCAGCUCGGCCGCAAGAGCACGUAGCCGGACGUCUUCAAGGCGGCUAA